CCACAAUGCCAAGAGGAAACUAAUUAGGGUUUUAGCAACCCUCCUCAACUGCUAUAAAUUCUGAUUUUCCCCCAAUCUGGAAUUCAUUCCCAGCUCUAUUCCGUCAUCAUUUUCCCACUUUCCCAUUUCGCUUCCCUUCAUUGUUGAUGGUCACCUCAGAAGACUACGGCGUCGUAGCAGCCAUAAGGCAAGGACGGCAUCCAAGAAUUGCAGGGCGAGGAAUAUCUGGCAUCUCAGUUUCCACCCAACCCUAGAAAUAAGGAGGAGACAGAUUCGGGUGACUAGAUUCUGAACGGAUGACGGGAUGAGAGGCUUGGGUGGUGCAGACCCUUGAUUCUACACUGUGAUCUGAGAAUAUGCCUCACCUAAUAAAAAUAGGUGUUCACUUCUAUGGAUGAACACAUAUAUUUUACUCUUAAUUAGGAUAUCUGUUUAUAUCAUUUGUCUGUUACAUUAUUGCUUUGUAAAAUCUACAAUCAUCGAACUGGAAAUGAAGCACAGAGCAUAUGAAAAAGCUUUAGCAUUCAAGUUUGUUCUCAAUCUUUUUUUUAAUUUAUCACAAUUUCUUUUCAAAUAUUAAAUCUUUUUUUAACAUAUUUGGUCUCUUAUUUUGUGCGAGCAUUAAGAAUGUUAAGCUUCUUUGGUAUGAAAUUAUGCAGAUUUUUUUUUAGAAUCCAAGAUGUUACCUUUGGCGCAUAAUUGUAACUCGAUAAGGUAAUAGCUUUAUGAUGAUUGUUCAGAUGUGCUCAUACUGAUAUUUCACAUAGAACUAUUUGUGGUUUCUUCAUUGUUUCUUGCGGUAUAGAGGUCGCGUUAUGCUUGAAACACUUUGAAUGGGGUUGUCAGUUCAACUUGCUUCAAAUAAUGUGAUUUGUAUUUAAACAUAGAGAGGUCCUAUUGCAUGUGAGUUGUAUUUGUAAAGUAUUCAAGUGUCUUUCAUCUAGGACCUGUGACUUGCUGCAGUUCUUAAUGGAGCCAAUCUCUCAAUUCAUAAGUUAGUAUGUUCCUUUAUAUCAAUUGCAUUCAAUGUACAUAAUUUGCAGGCCGGAGUAAUACCUUGAAGUACUCUUCAUGUGCAUGUAUAUUUGAAAGUUUUAAGGCUAUUGGCAUAAUUGUACAAAAUGGAUACGGAAGCCAUGUGUCUGUUCCUUAAAGUUUAUGGGAAAAAUGAUCUAUACCUGCAAAGAAUAUGUGAAAAUGUGAACUCUCUGAGGCUGAAAAAGCAGCAAUGUGUAGCAGCUUGAUUUAGCAGAAUGUUGUCAUUAAAGAGUAAUACCUUUGCUUUUAACUUUAAUUGUUUUGCUAUUCAUAUUAUUUUAUGUGGCUUUUUAGUCUAGAGAAUUAUUUUGUUAUUUAUUGUGUUCUGCAAUUUGAUGGAAGCCUGAUGUUCGGAGUAUUUGUACCAUGUAUUUGUGUAUUAUCUCAUCAGCCACUGAUAAUUAUCCUUUAAUUCGUUAUCUAAUUAUUUCUCGCAUGUGGAGUUCUUAAGAAACUAGCUUCUCCAAUCUUAUCUUACUAUACACAAACCAAAAAUAAGCAGGAAGAGUGUUCCCGCCCAAUUCAGGGUUAAUUCUGUCAAAACACAUUUAAACUACCGGGACAGGGGGCUGGAAAUGUCAUCCAUUUAUUCUUAUAUCAGUAACUUGAAUGGUUUGCUUUAUUUCAUUACAGGUACCAUACAGGUCAAUGGGUUUGAUAUUGGAAAUAUUCAGCUGGAUAGUUUGAGGAGACAUUGAUCUAGUCUCUCAAGAUAUUGCUGGCAGCUCCUAUCAGCUUAUUUUGCUAAUCAGCACCGUGGUAAUCAUCGCUCACCGCUUGGAUAUGGUGCUAAUGGCUGAACAAGUUUUACAGUUAGACAAUGGUGGCGUGCAGGAAAUAUCCCUUUCCUCACUACAUUCUCAACAAGGCAACAGUUUCCUGACUCUUACAAUAUGAUGAUGAUGGGAUCUGCAGGACACACACACACAUUUGUGAAUAAAGAUAGAAGAAAAUUGUGUAAUAAUGGUGGCAGUACAAGUAGUAAAUGUUUCAGAAUAUGACUAGGGCCAUUCUUUUUUUUUUGUCAAACAAGCCAUAAAGAGUAGACAUACAUGUUCGUUUUUUUUUGGGUAAGCAUUUUGGGACAGUUGACCCCAAAAAAGUUGUUCUUGGACUCAUUCCCAACCAUGAAUGUGAUGUGAAAAAUAUUAAAACCCCUUCAUGCAAAAAUAUACCGUACAUAAUGACAGCCUCCUCUUCCUCGCCGUCACGACGUUUUCCGGCCACCGCAGUCGACGAGUGCUAUCAACGUUAUGUUAAUUAUUCUCAUCCGUUUGUUCAUAACGGCCUCGUGUUUCCCAAUCAAGUCCCCGGAGUCUUUCCGGCCGCUUAUGGCAAGACAGCCAUCUCGGCUUUUGAAAUUCCAAAAACGCCCUCGUUGUUCCACUUGCCCCUGCAUGGGCAAGAUGGUCACUUCACUGAUCAUUGGCAGAAAAUGGAUCAAGGUUUCUUGACAAAUUACUACUCUUCUAAAGGUUUUAGUGAUUUUUGGCCGUGCAACACCACAGCUCAGCCGGUUAUUAAAGACCAGCAGAAAAGGACAACUGAUAAAGAGUCCUUUUCUGCUGGGCAGCAGUCGCUGGGGAAACUUUUCCGGGGAGUCAGGCAGAGGCAUUGGGGGAAGUGGGUGGCGGAGAUACGGCUUCCGCGGAACCGGACGAGGGUGUGGCUGGGGACGUUCGACACCGCGGAAGAGGCAGCACUGGCCUACGACACGGCGGCGUACAUGCUGAGAGGGGACUACGCCAACCUCAACUUCCCGGAUCUCAAGCACCGGCUCAUGGACAACUCCGCCAGCCGCGGUGGGGCCACGGCGGCCCUCAUCGAGGCAAAACUCCGGGCGAUAUCGGAAGGGGCGGCGGCCCGGAAUGCCAGUGGGAGAGGCGAUUGUGAGGAAAUGAAGAGUGAGAGUCCCUCGCGUUCGCAGAAUCUGAUGAAGAAAAGGAGGACAGAAGGGGCGGCGGCGCCGCCGCCGGGAAAUGAGGGUGUUGUUCAGCUGAACACUAUUCCGUCGUUGGAUAUGGACACAAUCUGGGAUGAACUGUUAGUAUCUGAUUCAUGACUUUGAUUAUAUCAAGAGGAUAAUUAAUUACUCCUUCUUCCCUGAGUAUUUAUCCACUUUUUUUAAAAACAAUUGUUUUGAAACUUUUGACUUAUAAUUAAAUAAAAUAUAUUGUUUAUUAAGUAGAUAAAAUAAUAUUUUGAAAUUGUUUCAUAUAAUAAAUUUAAUAAAACUUUUUUUGUAUC